UCCUAAAACCCAUCUCAACAAUCAACAGCCUCUUUCAAUAGUGAAAAAAAAACAGAGGCCAACAGAAAGAGCUCACAUUUUCUCUUUUUCCGCCGUCUUCGACGGAGGUUUUGGUGGACUAGAACUUCCUUCUACGGCGGCGUUUUUGUUUUUUUACAUUUGAUUCUUGCUUGUUGUAUUUCUUUUGAUAAAAAGAUUUAAACGAAAAGAAAGUACCAAUGGCUCGCUCUCUAUCCAACGCUAAGGUUUUCUUGUCCCUUGUUGCUGACAACGUCUCCAUUGCUUCUCAAAGACGAGGAUACGCUGCGGCUGCACAAGGGGUGUCAGGAGUAGGAGGAAGUGGGAAGAAAUCAUCGAAAGAAGAGAUCGGACGGUCAGCAGAGAACUCGUGGGUCCCAGAUCCCGUAACUGGGUACUACAGGCCGGCUAAUCGUGCCGCUGAGAUUGAUGUUGCUGAACUUCGUGAGAUUUUUCUCAAGCAGAAGAUUAGAUCUCAGUAGAAUUUUUAUAUUUGACCCUUAAAAAGAAAAACAAAAAGAAAUGAUCAAUGAUACCGUUCACGGUUUCGUGUGUGACCGUCGGUGAGAUUAUCAAAUUGAAGAUUAAAAAAAAUGAGCGAGAAAUUGUGUGUUUUUGUUACGCAGUAUGUAAUUCUUGACUAUUAUGUCCUCAAUUCUUUGAGUGACUAUGAAGUUAUGAGGUUUGUUUCUUAAUAGAAAAAUAAAUGAGAAUACUUAUCAUUUACGUUUGGCAAAA